UUAAAUACCUCAAGUUCUUACUUCCAAGCAAAUCAAACUAAGAACCUCUCUCUCUCUCUCCUGCAUCAAAUAAGUUAAUCAUGGCCUGCAACUUUGUCCCUCGUUACUUUCUCCUCUUUUCAGUAGCACUAAUUUUAAUGACAAAUCUCAUAGCCCAUGCCAACACCACCCAGCUUGAUAAAAAGGCGUACAUCAUCUACAUGGGGGAGUUAGAAAAUAGGGUGUCAGUACAAUCACUUCAUGAAAAUUUGCUGGGCCAAGUAAUCACCAGCGACCUUGCAUUAGAGCGCCUAAUACAUAGUUUUGGCAAAAGUUUUAAUGGCUUCGCUGCGAUGCUAUCUGAUGAAGAAGCAGACAUUUUAUCAGACAUGGACGAGGUAGUAUCCGUGUUCCCCAGCCAAAAAAGAAAACUCCACACAACAAGAUCAUGGAGCUUCAUGGGCUUCCCGUCGAGCUCUCCUCGCGGACCCUUCGAAUCCGAUGUAAUUGUCGGAAUGCUCGACACUGGAAUCUGGCCGGAAUCUGAAAGCCUUAACGAUGCCGGAUUCGGCCAGCCACCAAGCAAGUGGGCGGGCACCUGCGACUCCAAUCACAAUUUCACCUGCAACAAUAAGAUUAUCGGAGCUCGUUUCUACCAUUUGGAAGGCAACAUAAGCAAAGGCAAUAGCCCUUCUCCUCGAGACACCGAAGGCCAUGGGUCCCACACAUCAUCCACCGUGGCCGGUCGCUUAGUCGCAGAUGCCAGCCUCUCCGGGCUUGCUGAAGGCACGGCACGUGGGGGCGUCCCCUCCGCAAGAUUGGCAGUCUAUAAGGUAUGCUGGGACGGUGAGGGCUGCUCGGAUGUCGACAUACUUGCCGCCUUUGAUGAUGCAAUUGCCGACGGAGUUGAUAUCAUAUCUAUUUCGAUUGGAGGAUCUUACCCCAACAACUACUUCUCAAAUAGUAUAGCCAUUGGAUCGUUCCAUGCGAUGAAGAAGGGGAUUCUGGUUUCUAGCUCGGCAGGGAACGAUGGGCCAGGCAGAUUUAGCUUGGAGAACUUUGCUCCGUGGAUGAUUUCGGUGGCGGCGAGCACCAUUGACCGCAAGUUUGUGGUGCAGGUGAAGCUCGGUAAUGGUCAAGUUUAUAAGGGAAAGGCGAUAAACACUUAUGGAAACAAUGGUACGAUGUACCCGCUCAUAUAUGCCGCCAAUGCACCCAACACAACCGCGGGCUUCUCCCAGUCGUCUUCUAGAUACUGUGGCGAAGGGACAUUGGAUAGCAAGCUGCCAAAGGGAAAAGUGCUUAUUUGUGACGGCAUUAGCGACGGGAAGGGGGCCAAGCUAGCCGGUGCCAUGGGAGCUAUUAUGGCAACAAAUGAUAUGAAUGAUGCAGCCUACGAGUUUCAGCUGCCUGUCUCAGUAUUGGGAUCCAACGACACUGCUAAAAUCCUUCUGUACGCCAACAUGACUGAGGACCCUGUGGCAAGCAUUUCAUCAAGUGAAGAGGCGUUUGAUGGGGCAGCUCCGUACGUAAUAUCUUUCUCCUCUCGAGGGCCAAAUCCCAUAACCCCUAAUUUACUCAAGCCUGACUUGGCGGCACCAGGAGUGGACAUUUUAGCAGCAUGGUCUCCUUUAAAUAAAAAUAAACCUGGAGUACCCUACAACAUAAUAUCUGGAACGUCCAUGGCAUGCCCACAUGUAUCCGGAGCAGCUGCCUACAUUAAGUCGUUCAAUCCAACUUGGUCUCCAGCUGCAAUUAGAUCUGCUCUCAUGACCACAGCCUAUGCCAUGAGCUCAACAAAGAACACUGACGCAGAAUUUGCCUACGGCUCCGGUCAUUUGAACCCCCUCGCAGCUUUGAAUCCUGGCCUGGUGUAUGAUAUAGAAGAGAUUGACUACAUUAAGUUCCUAUGCGGUCUAGGCUACACCACAAAAAAUCUCAGUCGCAUCACAGGAGACUCGAGCAGUUGCACCUCAAAAAUAAAUGGAACUGUUUUUGAUCUGAAUUAUCCAAGUUUUGCACUUUCUAUUACGAAAGGAAAGCCUUUCUCAGCUACAUAUCAUAGGACUGUCACCAAUGCAGGAGGCACAAAUUCAACUUAUGAAGCCAGCGUAAUUUCAGGUUCUGGCCUCAAGGUUAACGUUGAGCCAUCAAUCUUGUCAUUUCAAAAUUUUUGGGAGAAGAAAUCUUUUGUGGUGAAGCUUGAAGGAGAAACCAAUAAGACCAUGAUAUCAGCUGCUUUAGUAUGGAGUGAUGGUGUGCACAAAGUCAGAAGUCCUAUUGUUGUUUUCAAUAUCUCUCCAAAUAAAUAAUUGUUCUGCCGGAAGAAGAAAGGUUCUUAC